AUGUCUGGUGCUCCGGCUAUACGCAUCGCUCGCACAGCGGCACAACGUUCGACGUCGUUGCUAAGAGCUGUUCAGUUCGGCCAUCCUGCUACAUGUCCUUGUCACUCGAAUCCAAACCACCACCAUGCGCCAGGCACAUUCUCAGCUGCUAGAAGAGCCCUAGCGACCCCUAUCGAUCACUCCAGACAGAAGGACUAUGCCUUCGAGAUGGCUGCAAGCUCCAUCCGUUUCGGCCCUGGUUGUACGAAAGAGGUCGGCAUGGACAUGGAGAACCUUGGUGCAAAGCGAGUUUGUGUGGUGACGGACAAGAAUGUUCUGAAGCUUGAUGCCAUGAAGCAGGUUCACGAGGGCCUGGCAAAAGCAGGAAUUGAAUAUACCGUGUAUGAUGAGUGUCGAACGGAACCAAAGGAUUACACGAUCAAACAUGCCAUUGACUUUGCUAAACCUUACCAACCUGACGCUUUUCUGGCUGUUGGUGGAGGCUCGGUCAUCGAUACAGCCAAGCUGAUGAAUUUGUAUACUUCAUUUCCAGACGCAGAGUUUCUGGACUUCGUCAAUGCUCCAAUUGGCAAAGGCAAACCUAUUCCAGGUAGACUUAAGCCACUAGUGGCUGUGCCUACCACUGCAGGUACGGGUUCCGAGACGACCGGGACUGCGAUCUUCGAUCUUGUUGAAAAGAAGGCAAAGACUGGCAUCGCACACAGGAACUUGAAGCCUACUCUUGGUAUAUGCGACCCAAUCAAUACCAGAACUAUGCCGUCAGCUGUGCAUGCCUCUUCUGGCCUCGAUGUUUUGUGCCACUCGCUCGAAUCAUGGACUGCGAUCCCAUACCACGAACGAAGCCCUCGUCCUGAAAAUCCAAUUCAGAGACCUGCAUAUCAAGGUUCAAACCCUAUCUCAGAUAUAUUCUCGAUGAGGGCUCUACACCAAACAGUUAAAUACCUACCUCGAGCUGUGAGGGAUCCAGAUGACUUUGAGGCGCAGAGCGAAAUGCUUCUGGCUGCAACAUUAGCAGGUGUUGGCUUUGGUAACGCAGGCGUCCAUCUCUGCCACGGUAUGAGUUACCCCAUCAGUAGCCAAAACCCAGGCUACAAACAUUCUGGGUAUGUCACAGACAACAACAUCAUUCCUCACGGUGUUAGUGUUGCAGUUACCGCACCUGCCGUAUUCAGAUUUACUGGAGCGAGCAAUCCAGAUCGUCAUUUGGCUGCCGCCGAGGCUUUUGGUGUAGACAUUUCACAGGUCAAGAAAGAGAGCGCAGGCGAAGUCCUAGGUGAGGCUCUAGCCGAAUUCCUGGUCAAGCUUGGCGACCAACCUCGAGGUCUCAAAGCUCUCGGCUUCAAGGACAGCCACAUUGACGACCUGGUCGAGGGCACCAUUCCUCAGAAGCGAGUGCUGAUGCUUGCACCAAGCUUAUCCGAGGAGGUCAACGAGGAAAGGAAUCAGCUUCGACAACUUUUCGAGUCGUCUAUGUCUUUUUAA